AUGCUCACAUCGGGGCUAACCAACACCCCACUCACCAAAUCCCUCAUCGUCUACACAAUCGGCUCCUCAAUCGCCCUCUCCAUCCUCGACAUCAAACACCUCGCCUCAAUCAAUGUCUCCCCACACUUCUGGCCGUACGCGCAAUUCUGGCGCGCCCUUAUCUGGCACGUCGCUGGGUUCACAAAUUCCACAGAAGCCUUGUUCGCCGCGAUGCUAGUGUACCAUCUACGGGUUGUUGAGCGCGCUUGGGGGAAGAGAAAGAUGGCUACAUUCCUACUCACAACACUACCCUAUACAACCCUCCUCCCACCACUCCUCCUAGCCCUCCUCAUCCGACCCCUCUCCCUCAACACACUAAACUACCUCCCCUCCGGCCCAACAGCAAUGAUCUUCGCCUUACUAGCACAAUACUACGCCAUGGUCCCACAUACAUUCCGCUUCCGCAUCGGUACAACGACAUCCCCUUCCUCCUCGCCAUCAUCAUCACCCGCCACCACCACCACCACCGCGAAUGACGAUACCACCGCGCCACACCACCCCUCCACAACAAACCCAAAACCAACACCACCAAGUCUAACCCUCCUCCUCUCCGACAAAUCAACAACCUACCUCGUCGCCGCCCAACUCGCCCUCUCCCAAUUCCCCGCCAUGCUCCUCCCCUCCGCGCUCGGCUGGAUCAUCGGCCUCGCCUGGCGCGCAGAGCUAUUACCUGCUCUCUCACCGUCGCCUCAUGGCUUCCGCGUUCCGGCGUGGAUAGUCGGGGAGCGCGAGCGACGGGGUGGUGCGGCCGGUGCUGGUGCUGGUACCGCUGGUGCGGGUGGAAGUGGGAGUGCGGCGGAGAGAGAGCGGUUUGAGGAUUUGAGGAGGAGGUUGGAGGGGGAGGUUGCUGCUUCGACGUCGGGGGUGGAGAAUGGGGGUGGGCAGAGGAGAAGGGGUGUUGGAGGUGGGAUUAUGGAGAGGUUGAGGGGGCUUUUUGAUUUGGUUACUCGAUCUUAG